AAUGUUUGUUUGUAGAACUGCUCUAUGCUUGUUUAAUUCCCCACAGGGCACAAAUAAAACGAUUUAACUGAAAUGAGUCAUCAUUGAGCAUGAAAAUGUUUUGUUCUUGCUGUAAGGCACACGUCUCAAAUUCAAGGCCCGGGGGCCAAACUGAGCCCGCCAAGUCAUUUGUAUGGUUCGUGGGAGCUUUAAAAGCAUUUAAUAAACUCCAGGCAGCAGAGUUUUUUUAUCUAGAUAAAUUAAGUUUUUUAUUACACAAUUUUCGUUGGAAAAUACACCUUUCCUUUGUACACAAUGUGAAAGUGAGUUGAGUUAAUAUUAGCUCGUCUCCAAGGCUUGAGCUCACAGCAUCUGGACUCCUCCCUUGACCAAUGUGUUUACUCAAACAGUGUCUUGGCCCCGGACGCUGCAGGCCUCACCACCGCCUGACAAACGCCCUAUUCAAGUGGAACAGGAACUAGAUCCAACACUGCCACGUCAAAAAUCCAUGAGCAUUUAGCACCGGGUAAAUAUUACCUUCUUAACAAGGACACCUGGCAGCGCUGUGGAGGACACACUGGAGGGAGGACAAUGCAGGGAGUCAAGUUUAAGGACAGUGGGUCCUUUGUCUUUGCCUAAACUUUCGUAAUAGAAACUGCAUGCUUAUCUGUGUGUUAUAAAGCAGGUCACGUGGGAGUGUCGGCAGCCUGUGGUGAUUGAUUGUUGUCCUUAAGUUUCCUGCUUCCUAGUAGUCUACAGACUCAGACAUUUUGAACUUGUGCUAAAGUGUAACUCGCUUGUUUGCUACUCAUGAGAGAGAGCAGCAGACAUGAUGUGCUGCUCUCGUGUAGAAAAAUGCGCACUUGUGCGUGUGUGGCCACGCUCGUGUUUUCGUUAUUCCUCGGACUCUGCCUGCUCUUCCUGCCGGAGCCCUUUACCUCUCAGCCGCCGAAGCAGCGACACGAGCCGGUGACGCUGCUGGUCUGGACCCAUCCGUUCCAUCGACGCCAGGACCUCCCUGACUGCUACGAGCUCUUUCACAUCAGCGGCUGCGCGCUCACGGACGACCGACGCGAGUACGCGCACGCUGACGCUGUCGUCAUACACCACCGAGACGUCGUCCUCGGUUCCGACGAACUGCCGCCAGAACCGAGGCCAAGUGCGCAGAAGUGGAUCUGGAUGAACUACGAGUCUCCCAGCCACACACCGCAGCUGUGGCAGCUGGAGGGCGUGUUCAACUUCACGUUGAGCUACCGGACAGACUCGGAUAUAUUCCUGCCCUACGGCUACCUGAUCCCUCGCACACACGGAACCCGGAGUUCACUGGGCCGCCGCGCACACCUGCUCCACAGACCAUCCAACAAGGACCUCCGCCGGCCCCACCUGGUGGCGUGGGUCAUCAGUAACUGGUCAGAGACUCACGCACGCGUGGCCUUCUACUACCAGUUGCGCCGCUACAUCGAUGUGGAUGUGUUCGGACGCGCGGGUCAGCCGAUGGAGGACAGCAGCAAGGGGAGUGUGGUGCGGUUACUCGGCCGAUACCAGUUCUACCUGGCGCUGGAGAACUCGCUCCACACAGACUACAUCACGGAGAAGCUGUGGAACGCGGUGCAGGCCGGUGCCGUGCCGGUAGUCCUGGGUCCGGACAGGAAGAACUACGAGCGCUUCCUGCCCCCGGAGGCCUUCAUACACGUUGAUGACUUCCCUACGGUGCGCGGGCUCGCCCGGUACCUGCUGAUGCUCAAGCGUAACCCGCUGCUCCUGAGGAGGCACCUGGACUGGAGGGGCGACUACGCCCUGUACCGACCCGUCAUGUGGUCAGAACACUACUGCUUAGCCUGCAAGACGACCAGGAGGGGCAGAGGCAGGACCCAGGUGGUCCGAGACCUCACUAAGUGGUUUUACUCGUGAACACAUCAUCACCAGCAGGAGCAGGAGGAGCGCCUGCUGCUGGGGACAUCACUGUGUCCAGGAAGUCCAGACCACAACUGUAUCACAAAGAGAUAAAACUCUGACAUACAUGGUGAAAAAAACUAUUAAAAAAUCAAUUCUACAUUAAAAAAAAUAAAUGUAUUGUUAAUGUAAGACGAGGCUGGUGGUCCUCGUCUUACCUUAAUCCCAGGUAGUCGCUGUGUUUGCACAAUCUGUCCUUCAGAAACAUGCAGGAUUAGAUCAGUUAUUCACUGUAAAUUAUUUGUAGGUGUCAAUCAUUUGACCCUGUGAGUCUUACCCUGCCCCCCCACCCAAUAACAGCUGUAAUUGGCCCCAUAUUCUCCUACCACCUUGAUGACAAAGCACUUAAACAACAACAACAACAAAAACUCAUCAGUGAGUGAAUUGCACUUUGAGACGUUUACUGCCGUCCAUGCUUUUGUUGUCAUUGGAGGAUCUAGUUGUCAAUCACCACAGUUAGAAACCAAACCAAUACAAACAAAUACGUUCACUUCAUUAAACCAUGGUGUGUAUCUUGGCUAACUUGGUGAAUCCAUUUGAUAAUUUUUCCAAGCUGUUUUCUAUUUGUUGUAUUUUGUUUUCUAAAAUUGUAUUUCUUUUGUUGUCAUUCCAUGCUGAUUUCCCAGGUUUGUCAACUGUACUGGACUAUACUCCACCGAUCAAACACUGUUUUUCUUUCUUUUUCACCCACACUAAGGUUCACUGUUGAGGCUAGAACUAAUUGGGAAUGAGAACCGUCAAGUGCUGCUCUCCUAGAAGUCACUAAUGUGUUAUAUUAUUAACAUGUUUAAUUUACAAAUGGUCCAGUGAAUCUGAGCAUCUGUAGCUGCUGCUAAUUUCAACGGGCUAUAGAAACAGGUGUACGUAAUAAAUGUUUACAAUCGUCUUCAGGACUCCUUUAAAGUCUGAAUUCUAUGAUAAAAUAUAUUUAUUUAUUUUAAGACUCAAUGUGAUUUCAUGCUGAUGAGUGGCCUUUGGUGGUUUUUCAACUUUUUGGUGUUUUUCUUUUGGAAAUAAACAGACUUAAAU